AUGCAAGAGGUUGUGCAGCUACUGCAGCAAGACAGUUCGCUGUACGCGUUGUCAUACGAGGAGGCUCUGCAGCGUGUACUGACUUCGAAGUAUGUGCUCAUUGGCAACACUGGAACGGUCCGCAUGGCCAUGGAAACGCUGGAGGAAAUGCAACGUUGUAACAUCACCGAAAAUGACUUGUAUCGAAUGGAAGAUAUGAUUGCGCUUAGGAUACCAUCAACUUACGCCUACCGUAAAAUGAUCAACUACGAAAUCCUGCGAUAUUAUUCGAAUGGCAUAAACAACCGCAUGAGGGAAGCAAUGAAGCCGGAUCUACACAUAUGUUACAAGUGGAAUCGUUUUUAUCGCAUAUCUAUGCAUAGCAUGCUAUUUCAGCAUCACUUAUUUGGAAUGGGUGUUGCACUAGCUGUUGCUUUGCUUGGACUAGAGGUAUUGUACUAUCUCUUAAAGAAACGGAUACGAUAA